AUGAGUUUCCGAGAGGAUUAUGCCAGCAAUUCCGAUGAGAACUCAAUUCGAAAGCCAUUAUUACUCCCUACGAAAGGGAAAGACGUAACGAGGACGAGUUUUCGAGAUGAUUCUGCUAUCUGUGAGGAUGGUCUCCGGAAGCCAUCGUUACAUACUGGAAGCUGGUAUCGAAUGAGCUCCAGACAGUCCAGCAUGAUGGAAUCAUCAGCCCAAAUUCUUCGCGAAUCCGUCUCCAUUUAUCUGUGUGUCCUCAUUGUAGCAUUGGGCUCUUUUCAAUUUGGAUUCACUUUGGGAUAUACUAAUCCUACGCAGUCCGAUAUCAUGAAUGACCUCAUACUUUCAAUUUCAGAGUUUUCGAUCUUUGGAUCUUUAGCGAAUGUGGGUGCAAUGGUUGGUGCAAUUGCAAGUGGUCAGAUAUCUGAAUACAUUGGAAGAAAAGGGACACUAAUGAUUGCAGCACUUCCUAAUAUUAGCGGAUGGUUCGCCAUUUCAAUUGCAAGAGACACAUCAUUUUUAUACAUGGGAAGGUUGAUGGGAGGUUUUGGCGUUGGCAUCAUUUCGUAUGUGGUUCCUGUAUAUAUAUCGGAGAUUUCACCUCAAAACAUGAGAGGAGUUCUUGGAUCAAUUAAUAAUCUUUGUUUAACAGUUGGGAUAAUGGUCGCAUAUCUAUUGGGACUCUUUGCGAGCUGGAGAGUGCUUGCAGUUAUAGGAAUGUUGCCUUGCAUGGUUUUGAUACCUGGUCUAUUUUUUAUACCAGAAUCUCCUCGUUGGUUGGCUAAAAUGGGGAAUUUUGAGGAUUUUGAAACUUCGUUGCAAGUUCUAAGGGGAUUUGACACUGACAUAUCCUUAGAAAUGAAUGAGAUCAAGAAAUCUGUGGGAUCAUCGAGUAAAAAAGCUACUAUUCAUUUUUCUGAGCUUAAGAGAAGGCGAUACUACUAUCCUUUGCUGAUAGGUAUUGGAUUACUCAGUCUCCAGCAACUCAGUGGCAUUAAUGGUAUCUUAAUGUAUUCCAGUAACAUCUUCAAAUCUGCUGGAGUUUCAUCUAGUAAAGCUGCAACAUUUGGACUCGGGGCAAUUCAAGUUGUUGUCACAGCUAUAGCUGCAUCACUGGUGGACAAGGCGGGUCGCAGAGUACUUCUAAUUAUGUCCUCGUCGCUAAUGACAGUUAGCAGCUUCCUUGUUGCAACAGCAUUCUACCUAAAGGAUUUUGCGCCUAAAAGUUGGCAUCCUGCAUUAGGAAUAUUAUCACUAGUUGGACUUGUGGUUUUAGUGAUGGCAUUUGCUCUGGGAUUGGGGUCUAUUCCAUGGAUCAUAAUGUCUGAGAUAUUGCCAGUAGACAUUAAGAGUCUUGGUGGCAGUGUUGCUACAUUGGCAAAUUGGCUAACAUCAUGGGUUGUUACAAUGACAGCCAACUUGCUUUUGAGUUGGAGUGAAGGAGGAACAUUCAUCAUCUAUACAAUGGUAUCAGCAUCAACAGUUGUUUUUGUUAGGAUUUGGGUACCUGAAACCAAAGGGAAAACACUUGAAGAAAUUCAACGUUUCUUCAGAUGA